AUGUUGAUAUUGGUUAAGGAAAGGCUUGUUGUUAAGACAGCAGAGAGUGUAGUAUAACCACUUGUUAUGUUGUAUUCAUCAUGGUGAAAUUAUCAUUGUUGCAGUGACAUUGACCACAAUUUGGCUUUUGCUCCAGGCAAGAAGGGAAAUGAUUAGAUGUUCAAGCUUACUAUAAACACACUAUUAACUUCUCAUGGUCAAGUGUGAUAAUAGAUUUUGUUGCUCAGCAAGUUCAAACACCGGUUGAAAGUCUGAAGAUUAUAUUUUUUUUCACAGUGUACUAUCUCUUUUUUUGAUAAAUACUAUUUAUACAGACGUAAAUGAAGUAACCGUGCAAGGGAUAAACAAAAACCGAUUCAAAAUGGAUGCCAUGGAUUUUAUUAUUCUCAAUGUCAACGGACAAGAUUUAACAAAGUCGUCACAUGAAGAGGCCGUGGAGGCUUUUAAGAACGCUUCUGAGCCAAUCGUUGUCCAGGUACUUAGACGCACAUCAAGGGCAAAGGGUAAGGAUGACAAGGAACCACUUCACUGCAAUGCGGGCACGCAGACGGAUUUACAGAGCGAGGAUUUACUCUGGAGAGUCCUUCAACGAUGUCCCACGCCUCCUCCAGCCCCUUCGGAUGUGUCCUUAGAAGGAUUAUGUGACCUCCCCUCUCCUGAACCUUUGACCUCUUUUGAUGGAGAGCUGAUGAACGAUCUGUAUGCUAUGGACAACCUUGAUAUGCCCAUUAUUGAUGAUAGUAUAGAAAAGACAUUUGAGAUGGAAUAUGAGGAUGUUGUGUUGAAAAGGAGUAAUACUACGGAGAAGCUUGGGUUAACAUUGUGUUAUGGCGAAGACGAUGACACUGGUAUUUUUAUUAACGAGGUUGACUCCAAUGGAGUAGCAGCGAAGGAAGGCAGCAUACGUGUUGGGGAUCAGAUAUUACAGAUAAAUGGUGAAGAUUUACUAAACAAAGACCAUGCCCUCUCUUUAUUUGCUGAACCUGGGGAAGAGCUAACACUGUUAGUCUGCAGACCGCAACUACAGUAUGACGAAUUUCUGUUUGAUGAUAAUAACUCACUACUAGAUGACUUGCAGCUGGAUAUGUUGGAACGAACGCACCAAGAGGCAAUGCAGUUCACAGCCUGUCUCCUUGAUGCUGAGUGUCAACCAGAUGAUGAUGCAAGAACAACAGACACAGGAACAACCGAAAACACAUCAACAGGGAACGCAUCAACUCACAAAGAUAGCGGUGUGGGGCAUGCGACUGACGAAAGUGUACGUAAUGAUUCUGAGCAGGAGGGAGCAGGCGAUGAACUAUGUAUUCAAUACGUUUCUGGAAUUCGCAACGGCGAGUUGCGAUGUUCAACUGAUAGUUUCAUGUCCAAUGAACAAGAAGCAGUUGAUGAAAUCUCAUUAAGCGAAUGUUUGAAAUUUAGAGAACAAUUGACUUACAAAUGUGACAAGCACAUGCGUAGUGACACUGAUAGUGAGAGUUUGCGUGGCAAGGAGUCAAAAGUGAUGCGAUUAGGCUCAGAUUCAAUGGAAACGACGAGUGUCAGUGGAGAAGACACACUAAACCGCAAUGGACAAUGGAUGGGUAUGGCCCACGAAAGUCAGGUGUCUGUCAUUUCCCAAGAUGCCCAAGAUGGCAUCUGGACAAAGCAGGAUAGCUCAAAUACACAAAGUAUGGAAUCGGUUGACAGUGGUGAGCACGCUAAAGAGAAAGCUACUCCGGAACCGCCUACUGCUGCCGGGAGUGGGGAUGAGGCAGACCCCAAGGCAGAUGGAGCAGUUGAAUUAUCACUAAAAUUAAAGACACUUCAGAACGGUAAGGCUGAUAGUGCAGCUCACAUGAGUCUUGUUGAUAAAUCAACCAAGAAACCAUUACAAACUGGACGGCAUCGAAGUCGCUUACCCAAAACAAAUCCAUCAAGUCCGCGUAAAUCAUCCUCAUCCAGUUCACGAGACAGGUCCAGUAGUAAAGAGAAAUCAACAGCUAGUCCUGCAAAAGAGAAAAUUAAAACAGGAGGACAAUCAAAAUCAGGAAGCCAUCACCAACGUAUGCCUGCUACUAACCCACGUCUGAGGGCGCAAUUAUCGCAACGUACACCAUACUUUGCAAGAAUUCAGGAGCAAGCACAGAUCUUGCACACUAAGAACAGUUUCUUGCAGAAAGAAAAUAUUCAGCUUCGCAGAAGUUUAGAAUCACUCAGCAGCAUCACAUCAAUUCCAAAUUAUGCUAAACAUUAUCGUAGUUACAUGCAUUUAGUGAAAAAGAACGAAGAAAAAGCUUUUUCCGAGGACAAAGACAAAAAUAGUAAACAUGAUUCACAACCAGAGAUGAAAUGGAAGGUGAAAAUCCGUAGCGAUGGAACACGCUAUAUUGCCAGGAGGCCAGUAAGGGACAAAAUCCUCAAAGACCGCGAAAACAAAUUACAGGAUGAGCGAGCUGGCUUAACAACAGAUGACGAAGCAAUGAGCGAAAUGAAAUUGGGCCGCUACUGGAAUAGGGAAGAUCGUAAGCGACAUGUUGAGCGUGCAAAGGAUCAGAGAAGACGGCGCGAGUUCAUGAUGCAAGCACGCAUGGAAGCCUUGAAGGAACAAGGUAGCGAGGAAAACAAAAAGCAGGACAUAGUUGAUCUUAGUCGUAAAAAAAUGCACAAGAAAAAAUCAAGAGGCGGUUGGGAUGAUUUUAUGACUGUAGAGGAAAUGCUAGCUCAUGGUAUUCGAAUUAGUCCAAGCAAUUCAAAAGAAUUCAAUCCACUUUUAAAUGUAACCGCUGUUUAGAUCAACAACAAUUUCCAUGGAUUGGUUGCGAGUGUAAUCAAAAUUGAUGGCCUGUAUUUUUGUAACAGCAGAUUGUUGUCCGUAUCAAAUGUAUGUGUAAUGUAUGCACAAAACUGUUGACUCUCUUCUUAAGGUUCUAGCACUGAUCUGCUAGAAUUUACAAGAAAAUUGUCUAUUUAUAAACAAUUGCAAUUUGAAGUAUUUUUGCAACAAAAUUAUGUUGUUUUCUCUGUCAAGAAUGGAAUGUUAAAAUUUAGCACAGUGUGUAUUGUACCCAGUCAUCCUGACGUUUAGUAUUAAUGAUAAUUGUCACAUCACCCUUAUAUAUUGUCACUGAAGAUUGUCCAUGUAGAUUGGUUUUAUUGUUGAGUGCAUCAGUCGAUCUGUUGAUUUAUCUGGAUACAAGUUAAAAUACAAACUGAAUUUCACCUCAUUUGCUUAGAUUUAUAAAAAAAAAAGUGAUUUUUUUUUUUUUUAGUUGACCUAUGCAAUUUAUGGUAACGCAAAGUUUCUUAUCCUUCAUUUCUGCAUGUCAGUAAAGUGGCAGUAUUAUUUUAGGAAAUUCCUUUUGCAAUACAUUGUAUUCCUGUUAUGAGGAAGGGUUUUAAAAGGGUAAGAGAGUUAUUUUGAUUUAAGACUAAGCAUUGUAAUAUUAGAAAUCCUUACUAUUUCAAUUAAUAUUCAAAUUUUUAUGGUUUUUUGCAACUCCAAUUUAUAUGAGAAUUGCAUUAUUUUUUUCAUCCUUCUCUGGAUUUAUUUUCUCCUUUCUAUGUUUUGAACAAAACGUGUCGGAAGAAGUAGAAUUAGGAAUUUGUUUUUGACGAUUCUAGGAAGAGAAUUUAUUAAUACAGCAUAUUUUCAUUCAAGAAGAAAUCUACCAUCUGUUUAUCCCUUAUGGAAAUGGCUUGUCAUAUGUGCGGAUUAUUUUUGCAUUUGUUUUUAGAAAAGACACAAUCCAAAAAAAAGUUGUAAGUAAAAAACCUUCAACCAUUUCGAUGGAAACAGUAAAAAAAAAAAAAGAAGAGGCGAGUGUGGUUAAUUGUAAAUGUUC